AGAAAUAUCACGUGGCGUAAUUAAGGUCUGCGUGGCGGCGAAGGCGAUGCAUCGUCGACUAAGGUCAUUGGUAGCGGCACAGCGUAGCUGCCAUCGCUUCUUCUCCGAGUUCAAUUCCGGAAGCGUCCUUGGCACGCCCGUCCUAUCUGGCAGCCUGCUGAAAGACAUGCAGGAGGACCUAAAACACGAAAAUGAGCUUCACACGCGCGGGAUGGGUGAGACGCUGCAGAACUUCGUCAACCGCGCUGAGCUGACGCACAUGGAAAGCCCCGAGGCGGAUGAGAAAUUUAUGAAAAACUUGGAGUCGAAGGUCGACGACCUCUUCUCCCGCAUUCCGCUGCCCGAGGACCCGAUGCGAGCAGCCCUGGCACUAACCGAUGAGGAGGUGAAGGAGGAGGCGGCGGCCGAGCUGGUAAAAGAGGCGGUACGUGAGAUGUACUGGCGUAAGCUGGACGCCAAGAAGGCGGAAGAGCUCCGCCUGAAGCACGCACAGGAGAAAUACGCGAAACAGGGAAUGCGACAGUACUUCGACGAUCUGAAAGAAAAUGAGAAAAUGCGCGAGCGUUAUUCGAGCGUGCUGAACGGCGGUGCGACGAGCACAACCACGUCACGUCCGUGUUCGCGAGAGCAAGACAAGACGACGUCCUCCACAUCGGCAGCUGUGCGUGGCGAUGAGGACGGCGAUGUUGCGGAUGCGACGGCAGAGGAGCUGCGGGCGGAGUUGGCCGCCAUGAAGGCGAAGAUGGCGAAGUUGGAGGAGAUGCUGCGCGCCAAGAAGUAG